AGGAAGGGCGUCUUCUUCGUUGGUGGUGAAAGAUGCAAUAAUGUGGUAAACAGACCAGGGCUGCGAAGAACUGCCAUAAAAAACAAAAGAAAAACACAAGUCUAGUUGCUGUUGCAGCUAUAUACACUUCAGUCUUUCUGCGUGGGAGUCGCUCGGCUAUUCUCUGGAUCCUGUUUCUAGUUUAUACUUGGCCCGGCUCAUCACCAACUAGCCCUACAGUUCAGCCAAAGCCAGCCAUAUCCAGUAGAACCACACAUGCUCUUCCAGGAUCUGUCAUAUUCUCCUGUAACGUGACUUUGAAAACUAACAUCUAGACUUGGGUUUAUGCUUUUGUAUUCAUGACUUCUUUAACUCUGUCUGUGAACGUUUGGCAGGUCAUGUCCGCCCCGCUCACACACAUGAGCGCUGUUUUCUCCUGGAGCUGGGCCGAGCGCUAUGCCUGACCGGGACAGCUCCUACCUAUCAGGUGGUGGUGGGAGUGGUGGUAGUCUGGGCGAGGAAGGAGGACCUGGGUCUGGUUUGGCAGGGGGCACGGCGGAGGGCAGAGGUGGUUCAGGAGGAAGUCUUGGAGGCAACGUCUCUGGAAGCAUGGGGGGAGGAGGGGCGCUCGGAAAUGGCAACAGCUGUGGGAACGGUGGAGGUGGGGGGCAAGGUGCUGGACUGGCAUUGGACGGUGUCUGCAGAGACUUCAUACGCAAUGUUUGCAAGAGAGGAAAGCGCUGCCGCUUUAGACACCCGGAUUUUAAUGAGGUGCCAGACUUGGGAGUGCAAAAGAAUGAAUUUAUCUUCUGUCAUGACCACCAGAACAAGGAGUGUAUGCGCUCCAACUGCCGUUUUGUCCAUGGAUCGAAAGAGGAUGAGGACUAUUACAAGAAAACAGGAGAGCUACCCCUCAGACUAAGAGGGAAAGUUGCAGCACGUCUGGGCCUGUCCCCAAUGGACCUUCCCCACAGCCGUGGGGAAGUCCCUAUCUGCAGAGACUUCCUGAAGGGGGAGUGCCAGAGGGGCAACAAGUGUAAAUUUCGCCAUGUCCAAAAAGACUAUGAAUAUGAGCCUGCCAGGGUUGGAGUGGGUGGUGUUAUAGGGCCAGGUGCCAGUGUAAUGGUGAAUGCUGGGGGAGGGAUAGGUGGUGGAGGAGCAGGUGCCUGUGGAGGAAUGCAAGGACUUGUGGGAGGUGGAGGUGGAAGUAAUAUGAUGGGUAUAGGGAUGGGGAUGGGGAUGGGUUGCCCCAGCCUGGGUGGCUGCAGAGAUCCAGGUAUCACAGGAGUUGGGGGGGUAGGUGGAGGUGGGAUGAGCACUUGUCUGUCCAUAAGUUCUGCAGGGCAACGGCGUUUUGACAGGAACUCAUGCUCAGUGUAUGACCCUCUGCUUGAAAGUGGGUUGUUUGAUGCAAGCGCCCUGGAGGCCUCCAUGGACCACACGGCUCUACAGCUGAAGAGGCGGCGGUUGGAGGGGCUGCGCCUGUCAGAUGUGACUGGAGGUGCGCAUUAUGAGCUGGGAGUUCAAGCCACCUUGCCACCGCGUCCUCUGGAGUACCGGUUCCUGGAGGAGGAGAACUCACUGCUGAGGAAGAGAGUAGAGGAGUUGAAGAAGCAGGUUUCAAAUCUCAUUGCCACAAAUGAGGUUCUUCUGGAGCAGAACGCCCAGUUCCGAAGCCAGGCCAAGGUGAUGACGCUGUCCUCCACUCCCGCACCCACCGAGCAGAGUCUAGUGCCCCCUGUGGGUGCAAUAAGCUCCUACAAUCAUAGCAUCGCUCAGACUCACACCACCCUGAGCAGCGCUGGAAUGCAACCUCGGCCUGUCACCCAGCAAGACCUGGUAGCAUCGACCGGCGCCCAAUCUGCGGCCCAAAGUAAUGCUGCCCCACCUUCAGCCCCUCCGCCUCACCUCAACCCUGAGAUCACCCCCCUCUCCGCCGCCCUCGCACAGACCAUUGCCCAAGGGAUGGCGCCACCUGUUUCCAUGGCGCCAGUGGCUGUAUCUGUGGCACCGGUGGCAGUGUCCAUGACGCAGCCUAUGCCCGGCAUCACCAUGAGUCAUGCCACCACGCCGAUGGUGUCGUACCCCAUUGCGAGUCAAAGCAUGCGGAUCACCACUCUGCCUCACUAACUGAUUAAGGACAGGACUGUAGUACCCAUAAGUCAGACUGUAGCAUCCUCAACUGUGAUUUUUAAAAUAGGUUGCCUUCUUUUAUGUGUGGGGUACUGAACUGAUGACAGAACGGAGACAACAGUGAAGUAUGAGAUACUUGUACUUCUCCACCAGGGGGCAGGAUAAAGACUCUUACUGUCUUUGUAAUGGUGUUAACAUUACAAAGACAUUUUUCCUACAGAAUGACUGACCUGUGAACAGUUUGGUGCAAAGGAAUCUUUUCAAACACAUUCACAACAAAUGUCAAUAAGCUGAAAAUAUGUGAGGUCAUCCAUAUUGUUUGAACAAUUUCUGCAACACAGCUUUGCCGUCCUUGUGGGGACGUGACCAUUUUGGAAGCAGUUUGUGUUUACAUUUUUGUGGAUUGCUCUGGUGUAAACUAACUCUGGUACUUUGCACAUUUAAAAAACAAAAACCAAAAAAAA